CUUAAUUGAGCAUUGAAAAAUAGAGGGGGGGGGGGGGUGAUCGAAGUGAGGUGCUGUUCACAUUUAAUUUGUCAAAAGUGGGCGAUGGGGGCAAGCAGGAAAUUUAAACCUGUGACCUGAUGGCAACAACUGGAAUCGUGAAUGUGACAGCACCAUCAGAAGGAUCUUUGCCAUCCUCACAUCACUGCAAAAUGUGGCUUGUGUAGCCUCAUGGAAACGCCUGGAAGGAGUGCUUCACAGAGAAGAGGGCACAAAGGUGAAUGGACUUUCGGAAAAACUGUAAUCUGGGACUGCGACAAGGCCAGCUUCAGAAAACCUCUGGUGCGUCACAGGAUUUAAAAGUUUCCCAUCAGCGUCAUCUGAGGUACGUGUUGAAAGAAGUACCAGUUUUUUGCUCUAUAAUGCACCCAACUCAGAAGCUCAGUUUGGCCAAAGUUAUUUUCUGGCUGAAUACUCAUCCUGCCAGGGUUCCAGCGUGCUGUCUUGGCACAAAAAUGAGAACUUGAUACUUCUAGACGUCAAUUUCAGCAAUCAUGGAGCUCAGAUAUUUGGCCAAGUGUCAGUCCAGGAUGCUUUUGUCAGCUGCCUCCCUCAAACUUGCUGUUAGUAGAACAGGCUGAUGAAUGUCACCUGUUGGCCGUUCAAUUGGUCGGUAUCUUGGAAUUGGAUUUAAGAGCAAACAUUUGGAAAAAUGAGAAUCAGUUUCUGCCAGGGGCUGUUGACAUUCGCCAUUGCUGUCAACUUGGUGAUCCUGUACUAUGUUUCCAGGGCACAGCAGCAAAUGAUGGAGAAACAGAGAGACUCUGGGAAGGGGGUACCCAAGCGGUCAUCGGGCCUUGCUUCGGGUCCUGGAUCCUUCGGCGGCGGCGGCGGUGGCAGCAAAAAUCCUGGCAUCACUGUAUUAGUGCGAGAGUUUGAGGAAUUUGAGAACUACGUUGCUGAAGUGGCCCGGUCUUUUUUGCAGCAGAGGCCCCAGAUACCAAUUCUGGUAGUAGCCGAUUCUCUUCCGUAUCCUCCGAUGGCACUGCCAAGUGAAGCUAAACUGGUAGUUUUAAAUAUUGGCCCGGAUCAGCCACCAUAUGUGUCCAGACCCGAGUUUUACAUUCACACAGACUAUGUUCUGAUUGUCCCAGACGGCGUAAUUCUGGAUUAUGGUCGACAGUUGGACAGACUGCAGAAGGAGCUGGAAGUGGAAGGAGGUGGAGCGGUUCGGUUAGUCGCGGCCCCAGUUUUGUCUCGUUCAGCAGUCCAGUGCCUUCACCUGCAAGUUAACCUUAGGGAGUGGACGGCAACGUACACCCCAGCAGCAUCUGGGAGCAGUGGUAGCAUCUGUACGGCCUUACAAGGGGAUGCAGUCGUUCUAAUCCGGACCGAGGAUCUUUUUAACCUCUCGAGUCCUCACGCAAGGCCACUGAUGACAUCUCUCUUCAUGCAGACUUCCCUGAGAGGCUGGAAGGUGAAACUUCUCGAAGGAGCGGUCUUUGGAUCCAACCGAAGACCUCUGUUUGGGUCGGCGCACAACCAGUGGAAAGCGGAUACUCGCGUGAAGGAGUCUACCGGUCGUCUGAUGAAACGGUUUGGCAUCAAACAGGUCAUCCAGGCUGACGGCAAACAGCAGUGGUUUGGGUGCAGCAAGGAGACCACCCGGUGUUUUGGUACAAUUCAUGACGACACUCCAGAGUAUCUCUACGUGGAUCGCUGGACUCCUCCUUGCUGCUUGCGAGCACUCAGGGAAACAACGAAAUAUGUCAUCAAUAUUUUAGAAAAGUCUGGGGUGCGCUAUUGGCUGGAAGGAGGGACACUUCUAGGCGCUGCUCGCCACCAGGACCUUAUUCCUUGGGAUUAUGAUGUGGAUCUGGGAAUCUACUUGGAAGAUAUACCUAAUUGCGACUACUUAAAGAAUUUGGACUCGGGAUCCUUGGUGGACGCGAAUGGUUAUGUGUGGGAGAGGGCCGUCGAAGGCGACUUCUACCGCGUUCAGUACAGUGAAGCCAAUCACUUGCACGUGGACCUCUGGCCCUUCUAUCCUCGCAAUGGCAUGAUGACUAAGGACACCUGGAUGGACCACAAGCAGGAUGUCGAGUUCCCCGAGCACUUCCUGCAGCCUUUGGUCCCCAUGCAGUUUGCAGGGAUCACGGCCUACGCCCCUAAUAAUUAUCGCAGCUUCCUGGAACUCAAAUUUGGGGAAGGAGUGAUAGAGAACCCCCAGUACCCAAAUCCAUCCAAAAAGAAGCUUGAAAGGAAACUUUUGGUUUGGGCUUAGUCUUCUAUUGCCGUUUUUGGAAAAGUAAAUUUGAAUAACACAGCCAGAGGGAAGGGUGGAGUCAAAAAAGGAAGACGCAAGGCCCGACAAGUGGCCAUGUUGUGACUACUACUGUAAUUAUGCCGCUAAUGGGUGUGUAAAUUGAUGUUUGCAGAAAAACAUGUGACUCAUCAUCCCGCUCGGUAUUAACGUCGAUAAAUUCAUAUGGCUGCAGACUCGUUUUGAGGCAAAUUCCUUCAGUUGUCUUUUAAUGCUCCUGAAUAUCUGUGCCAUACUGACUUUCACAAGUUCUGGAGGAAACCUUGUGCUUAUCCAUGGCCAAAAUGUGUUGUAGGUGGGUAACGCGUGUCACGUUAGUCGUUGAAGAAGCAGUGGAUAAAUGAUAACGUGAGGCACGAAAUACUGACGCCUGAUUCUCACCGAUGAGGAUGAAGAGACGCUUGUUAAUGUUAACACCCGUGCAUCUUCCAAGUGUGUGUGUCGACACGUGUUUUUCACAUGCAUAGGUCUGUGCGUUUUUCAUGUGCUAAUUCCAUAUGCGUCUGAUUCGUCACUUUGUGCUUAAAUAAAGUUCAUUGGUGAAAAAAACGAAAAACUUU